AUGGUAUGGCCGCCGCUGAGAGGCGAUAAAAUCUCGUGUUGCUCAGGAUAUUUCCGACUCUGGAUCAAGGUGAAACGUUCACUCCACAUGGAGGCUGUCUUAGACAUUGUUCUCAUAAAAGUAUCCACAGGCCCUGACGUACAUGCCAUUCUCGGAUGUGCAGAACGUAUCAAAUUCCAUGUGAUUGGUCAACAAAAGAGAAAGAACAGAAGGAGCGACGCACGACGGAUGAAUGAUGGCACACUCGCCGUUGUUAGAGAAAAGGUCCCUACAAGAAAUACAGGUGGCGUUGGUUUUGUUAUUGUUGCCGCGUGUUGGUUUUACCCAUUAGUCGUCCAUCCUGCCGAUUCUCAUGGACUCUUGUCUUGCAAUUCUUUGCUUCUGCUCUCUGGCUCAGAAAUCCAUAAGCAUCAUAAAUUGCUACCCAUCAAGAUUAACAGCUGA